GGGAGGAGGGGGCCGGGCCGGCUGGCGGCCGAAAGGGAGGUGGGGGCGGGGUCUGGCCCCCGCGGCUGGCUGGGGGGCCGGGGGCGGGGUCCGGGCGGGGCGGGCCCGCGCUCACUUCCUCGGGGAGGGGUUGGGGCCGCGCUCCCACUCGCCCACACGGUCCGUCUGCAGUCGGCAGCCUAGCCGGCAGCUCGCUCGGCCCGCGCUUGGCCCGGCCCGCAGGUAGGAGCCGCCGAGGGACGCGGUGCCCGGUUCCUGGCCCCGCCUGCGCCGCGCGCUCCCCGCUCCCGCCGCCCGGUUCGAGGGUUCUCUCUCCUUGCCACCAUGAGCGAGUCAUUUGACUGUGCAAAAUGCAGCGAGUCCCUGUAUGGACGCAAGUACAUCCAGACAGACAGCGGCCCCUACUGUGUGCCCUGCUAUGACAAUACCUUUGCCAACACCUGCGCUGAGUGCCAGCAGCUUAUCGGGCAUGACUCGAGGGAGCUGUUCUAUGAAGACCGCCACUUCCACGAGGGCUGCUUCCGCUGCUGCCGCUGCCAGCGCUCACUAGCCGAUGAACCCUUCACCUGCCAGGACAGUGAGCUGCUCUGCAAUGACUGCUACUGCAGUGCGUUUUCCUCGCAGUGCUCCGCCUGUGGGGAAACUGUCAUGCCCGGGUCCCGGAAGCUGGAGUACGGAGGCCAGACAUGGCAUGAGCACUGCUUCCUGUGCAGUGGCUGUGAGCAGCCACUGGGCUCCCGUUCUUUUGUGCCCGACAAGGGUGCUCACUACUGCGUGCCCUGCUAUGAGAACAAGUUUGCUCCUCGCUGCGCCCGCUGCAGCAAGACGCUGACACAGGGUGGAGUGACAUACCGUGAUCAGCCAUGGCAUCGAGAAUGUCUGGUCUGUACCGGGUGCCAGACGCCCCUGGCAGGGCAGCAGUUCACCUCCCGGGAUGAAGAUCCCUACUGUGUGGCCUGUUUUGGAGAACUCUUUGCACCUAAGUGCAGCAGCUGCAAGCGCCCCAUCGUAGGACUCGGUGGAGGCAAGUAUGUGUCCUUUGAAGACCGACACUGGCACCACAACUGUUUCUCCUGCGCCCGCUGCUCUACCUCCCUGGUGGGCCAAGGCUUCGUACCGGAUGGAGACCAAGUGCUCUGCCAGGGCUGUAGCCAGGCAGGGCCCUAAGCCAGGGCUCCUGGACCCAGGCUUUCCCAUACCACGGGCCCAGGACGUGGCUCCUUUUCUAAACCACCUCUGGGACUCAGCCCCCCCCACCAAAAAAAAUGGGUCUCCCUCUGGGCUCCAGGAUUGUCUCCCCACUCCAGCAUCCCCAAACUGGUACUCCCUGACCCAGGCCCCCAAACCUGGGCUCUUAUAGAGCCUCCAUGAGUCAAGCCCCCUCCCCACACCCAGACUCCAGAACUCACCCUUUCCCCUGCAGUCUGGGUUCCCAGACUGAGUCCUCUCCCCAAAUCAGGGCUCUAGACCCCAGCCCUCCAAACCUGGACUCUGGGACUUAGGCCCCCUUAAAUCUAGACUUCUCUUUAUAGGUUUUAGGUCUCCUAUGGGUGCCUGAGAAGUCCUCAAAAGUGGACUGUUUUCAGGCUUGACCUGCCCCACCCCCUCCCCGGAGUUGAGGCUGUGGGGGCAGCAGAUCAGGAGCCCACUGAUUAGGGGGCCCUAGGGUACAGGGUGCUGCCCAGCCGGUCGCCACCCAGUGUCUUAUUUUAUUUCAGCUCCAUUUUGCCCAUAGAUGGGCAGAGGGGUGAGAUUGGCUCACCCCCCUUCCAGAUUCUGCAAUAAAGCGGUGUGAGGAAGCAGGG